AUGACUGAGUCACAAAAUUUAAUUUCAUUAAUAUCUAAAUUAGAAGAUAAGAUUGCAAAACAAAAAUUAGACAUUCAACAAUUAAUAGAUAACAUUCCAGAUGAAAAUGAAGAUACGUUUCAACAGGAAUUAAAUGCUCUGAAAACUAAACUUAACAGUGAAUUACAAAAAGAACUAAGAAAUAUUAAACAACAAAUACAAAACAUAGAUGAUAGCGAAAUCAAAACCUAUAUUCAACAACAAAUACAGAACAUUGAUGAUAAUGUUAUUCAACAACAGAUAACCACUAUUAAUAACCUAGUUUUAAAACAGGAUAAAAAUAUAGUCGCAUUAGAAAAAAAGUAUCUCAAGAAAGAAUCAUAUUAUUUCAAUCUUCCAUUUAGAGGUUUGGGACGGAAGUAUCCUUCUAUUACUGAUAAUAUUGAUAAAUCAAAAGACUAUGAAUAUAAAAAAUAUGGAUUUACAGCAAAUAUAAGAGUAUAUUCUGUUCCAGAUGAUAAAUAUAACACUCAAAAAGUUCUUCAGUUUAUCAAUGGUACAAAAAAUGUAGAAAUUAAAGAAUUUGAAAUUAACGACGAAAACAACAAGGUUAAUCACUCAAAUGAAAUUAAAACGAGUGGAAAAUAUAUAGAUACGUUUAGAAUGUUAAUCAUACCAGAUAAUAAAGAAGCUAAACUUUUAUUGAGUCAUUUUGAUAUGAUAUUGGAGACGGAAAGUCCACCAUCAGUAAGUAUUAUUAGAAAUCCAGAAGAUGUAAGCAGUUAUCAGUUUUUACGAGCAACAGACUUUGAAUACGUAAAACUAUAUUUUGUUAAUAAUGAUAUAUUUACCUCAAUUGAUAUUCAUAAAAGUCAACAAAGACAAAAAUUUUUGAUACUACCAAUAAGACAUCGUGAGUUUCAUGUUAGAAUAUCAAUCUCUAUUGAAAAAACAAAAUUUUCAGUUCGUCUGAAUAAGAUUAAUGAUUCGAAAGAACAAAUGUCGUUAGUAUCAGUAAAAGUUUUUAUUCAAUUUGCCUCUAAACAAGAAACAGCUUUAUCAGAAGUUCACUUAAUUUAA